AUGCCAGUUGAAGCAUUUGUCUUGAGUAAAUUGACUUCCUUCUUACCAAAUAAUACAACUUCAAUCACGGACUGGCCAGAAAUUGAGAAUUUAUCACUGGCGGAUCCGCAAUUCGGAGAACCAAGCAGAGUUGAUAUUAUUUUGGGCGUUGACAUUCUUAGCCAAAUCAUCUUAGAGGGUCUUAAGAAACAUCCAUCGAAGUGUGGCCUCAUUGCACAGAACACGCAAUUAGGUUGGAUAUUAUCAGGACGUAUUCAUAAGACUAAUAAAUAUAAUAAGAUUAUCAAUCUCCAUCUACAAUUGGAAGAGGACCAACUCUUAACCAAAUUUUGGGAGAUAGAAAGAGGACCAGAGAAUAUAGUUAAGAAAAUGACAAGAGACGAGACAAUUUGUGAAGAGUUUUUUGAAAAAACAACAAAAAGAGAUGAAGAAGGACGGUACAUAGUAAGGUUACCAUUUAAGGAAAAAGAUCCACAGUGUUUUAAAGGUGAAACAAAAGAAAUUGCACUAAGAAGAUUUAAACUACUAGAACGAAAACUAAUAAAAAAUCCAGCCUUAUAUGAUGAUUAUAAAAAGGUGAUAGAAGAUUACAUCAUUCAAGGUCAUAUUAUUAAGGUCUCGAAUUCAGAUACGAGUUCUAGAGCAUUUUAUCUUCCACAUCACGCUGUUGUAAGAGAAGACAAAGAAACAACCAAGGUUCGAUGUGUUUUUGACGCCUCUUGUAAAGGAUCUAACAACGUUUCAUUGAAUAGCUGCUUUAUCAUAGGUCCUAAGCUUCAACAAGAUCUUAGGCAUAUUUUAAUGAGAUGGAGACUUCAUCCAUACUGUGUUGUAGCUGAUAUUGUACAAAUGUACAGGCAGAUUCGUGUACAUAGUGAUGAUUCAGAUUGUCUGAGAAUUUUGUGGAGAUUUGAUCCGAACAAACCCAUAGAAACCUAUAAACAUGUAAGACUCACAUUUGGUACCUCAUGCGCACCAUAUUUAGCCGUAAAAUGUCUGCAACAACUAGCAAUAGAUGAGAAGUCCAAGUACCCAAUAGCAGCCAAGAUAACUUUGCAAGAUUUUUAUAUGGAUGACUUAUUAACGGGCGGUGAUGAUGAAGUUGAGAUUAUUGAUAUCUACGAUCAAAUGAACAAAUUGAUGAAUGCUGGAGGCUUUUGUCUACAAAAGUGGUGCACAAAUAGCGAGAAGUUACUUAAUCACAUCAAAGCAGAUAAAAUAAGAUCAGAUCAAGCUGUGAUUUUUAAAGAAAAUAAUAUGAUUAAAGUUCUAGGUAUAUGUUGGAAUAAAAAUACAGAUAAUUUUGAAUACUUGCAUCAUUUACCUGAAGCAGAUAUCCCCAUAACGAAAAGGAAGGUAUUAUCAGAUAUCGCAAGAUUGUACGAUCCAUUGGGAUGGAUUGCGCCUGUUAUCAUUACAGCCAAAAUUUACAUGCAGAAGUUGUGGAAGUCUGGUUUAGCUUGGGAUGAUAACCUUACACCAGACCUGUUAAAAGAGUGGCUAGCGUUUCGACGUGAUUUGGUUAACGUACAAGGCAUAAUGAUUCCAAGAUGGUUGCAAGUAAAACGUGAUUAUUACGUAGAACUUCACGCUUUUGCAGAUGCUUCGCAAGCUGCCUAUGCUGCUGCAGUUUACAUGAAAAGUAGAGAUGAAAUAGGGAAUGUGAGAGUUCAUCUAAUCACGGCAAGAACUAGAGUUGCCCCAGUGGAGAAAGAAAUAUCCAUCCCACGUCUGGAACUAUGUGCAGCUCUACUUGCAGCCCAAUUAAUGUUUGAAGUGUCGCAAGUUCUUAACAUUCCGAAGGAACGAUUACGAGCUUGGUCCGAUUCCACCAUAGUGUUAGCAUGGAUAACCGGCGAACCAAGUCGUUGGACGACGUUCGUCAGCAAUAGAGUGUCAGAAUUAUUGACGAUUCUAAAUAGAGACCAAUGGAAUCAUGUCAACUCAAAGGAGAAUCCUGCUGAUUGUGCAUCAAGAGGAAUUCAAGCCGAAGACUUAAAGGAUCUCAAUUUAUGGUGGUUUGGCCCAUCAUGGCUCAAAGAGAUUAAUGAGUACAAAACAUAUAAAUCCAGUGAUUUUAAAACUAACGAAGAACAAAGACCCAUUAAGAAUAUGAGCGCAGUAGUUCAAAUAAAGGAAGAGGAAUUUCUGUGGACGAAAUUUUCGAAUUUGCAGAGACUAUUGCGAGUUUUAUCUUAUUGUCGAAGAGUUCUACUAUGGAGAAUACCAAAUAAGAUGAGACUUCUACCAGAAAACAUUACGCCAGAAGAAAGGAACAUAGUUUUACGAAUUUGUAUAAAAGACACCCAAUAUUUCCAUUUUAAGAAUGAUAUUAAUAAGUUAAAGUCUAAUGGAUAUGUAUCAAAAUCUAGCAACUUACAUACCCUUUGUCCUAUUCUUGAUGUCGAUGGUGCUGAUAAAGAAUUGAGAGAAAUGUUUAAUAAGGCAACUUCUGACUUUUCUACGGAAAUAAAAACCUUGCUAGCAAAUGAAGGUACUACGUGGCACUAUAUACCACCUCAAGCACCAAAUUUUGGAGGACUUUGGGAGGCCGGUGUUCGAUCUACAAAGUAUCAUCUCAAAAGAGUUAUAGGUGACACUACUCUAACUUAUGAAGAGCUUUCUACGGUACUGACGCAGAUAGAGGCGUGUUUGAAUUCACGACCGUUGUGUCAAUUGAGUGAUAAUUCGGAUGACGUAUUGCCACUAACUCCCGGUCAUUUCCUUAUUGGAGAACCAUUGAUAACAAUUCCUGAUGAAGAUUACUCCAAAAGCAAUAUCACAGGUCUACAGCGAUGGAAACUUGUACAAAAAAUGUUAAACGAUUUCUGGAAGAGAUGGUCAGCUGAAUAUCUGAUUACAUUAAACCAACGGUUUAAGUGGUUAUCGAAGAGAACUGAACCAGAGAUUGGUGAUAUAGUUAUUAUCAGAGACGAAAAUUUGCCACCCGCAAAGUGGCUACUUGGAAAAAUUGAGGAGAAGCACUCGGGGAAGGACAACAUAACCCGUGUUGUUACAGUUAAAACCAAGAAUGGUCUUCUCAAAAGAGCUUGUAACAAACUUUGUUUUUUACCCAUGACUGAGUCUGUCAAUGGUGAUUAA